GGGUUUACAAAUUUGGGGGUCUCUCUCUACUUAACUCUCUCUGUUUCUUUCUUCUUCUCCGUCAACGAUACGAAAACCCAGAGACGCCGGCGGUUAAAUAAAUCGUCGGAUCUCUUUGGUUUCUUCAGCCGAGAAGUUUCCGGUAUCUAAUUUUGUUUUUGAGUAAAAGACAGAGAGAGAGAGUAAUUAGGGUUUUGUGGUUGCUGCUUUCGAUGGACGAGACUUUACUUGACGAUAUAAUACGGCGGCUUUUGGCGACGAAUAAUGGAAGGACGGUGAAGCAAGCGCAGAUUACUGAGGCGGAGAUACGGCAGCUAUGUUUGGCUUCUAAAGAGGUUUUUCUCAGCCAGCCUAAUCUGCUUGAGCUUGAGGCUCCUAUCAAGAUUUGUGGAGAUGUUCAUGGACAGUUUCCAGAUCUCUUGCGGUUGUUUGAGUAUGGUGGCUAUCCGCCAGCUGCAAAUUACUUAUUUCUCGGGGAUUAUGUUGAUCGUGGUAAGCAGAGCAUAGAGACAAUAUGCCUUCUUCUUGCAUAUAAGGUCAAAUACAAGUUCAACUUCUUUCUUCUUAGAGGCAAUCACGAAUGUGCUUCGAUUAACCGUGUGUAUGGAUUCUACGAUGAAUGCAAAAGAAGAUACAAUGUCCGCCUAUGGAAAACUUUCACUGAGUGCUUCAACUGUCUGCCUGUUUCUGCUCUCAUUGAUGAUAAGAUCCUCUGCAUGCAUGGUGGACUAUCGCCUGAUAUUAAGAGCUUAGAUGACAUCAGGAGAAUUCCUCGUCCUGUUGAUGUUCCUGAUCAAGGAAUCCUUUGUGAUUUGUUAUGGGCUGAUCCUGACAGAGAAAUUGAAGGCUGGGGGGAGAAUGACAGAGGUGUCUCAUACACGUUCGGGGCUGACAAAGUUGCUGAGUUCCUUCAAACUCAUGACCUUGAUCUUGUCUGCCGAGCUCAUCAGGUUGUGGAAGAUGGAUACGAGUUCUUUGCAAAGAGACAACUGGUGACAAUAUUCUCUGCACCCAAUUACUGUGGCGAGUUUGACAAUGCUGGCGCAUUGAUGAGUGUUGAUGAUAGCUUGACAUGCUCAUUCCAAAUCCUUAAGGCAUCUGAGAAGAAAGGACGGUUUGGAUUCAACAACAAUGUUCCUAGACCAGGAACCCCACCUCAUAAGGGUGGAAAGGGUCGUUAAGAUCUUCAUACCAAUGUGGGGGAAUCAAGAAAAGAGUGAAGCCAAUGGGUUCGAAUUUUUUCAGGCGACAGUUUGUUUUGUUAGAUGUUUUAUUGUUACGUUUGGUUGAGGCAACAUUAUAUUUUGUUUAGAUUGUUUUGUAAUAUUGUGGAAAAUGUACACAGCAUUUUCAACUGAAGAAAGUUGGGUUUAUACA